AGCCCUGAGAGUCUGAGAUGUUCGUAUUGAGCUUCGUCUAGACUGAAAGGAAAGGAAAGGAAAGUCUGAAUCAUAAAUCUGACACCACAGUUUGACACCAUAUUAACCUUCAUUGAGAAGAAGACUCUCAGAAGAAAUCUGUGAAAACAUGAAGCUCCAGUCCCCGCUUGGUCUGGACAUCUGUUGCCUUCCUUUCUUGCGAGACGUUUUCCGCGAGUUUGUGGGCACCACCCUCUUCCUCUUCACCAGCCUUUCUUCUGUGGUUCUUUGGCCACAUUUAGGUGAUCAGUCCUGGGAUACCUCGACGCCAGACCCCCUGAUGGCAAUGGACGCUGUGCACGAGUGCGUCCCAGACCCUCUUCAUGUGGCUUUGGCCUUUGGAGCUUCCAUUGCGCUCACCUGCGUCUGCCUGGACGGGGUGCAUCUGAACCCAGCCGUGACUUUAGCUUUGGUGGUGGGACUCAGGGUAAGCCCCUGGCAGGCUGUCCUGUAUGUUGGGGCGCAGCUACUGGGGGCUAUUACUGCAUGCGGUCUGCUAUUUGGCAUGGCUCCUGUUUCAGCCAAGGACAAGCUGGGGAUCAAUGAGCUGGCCUCCGGAGUGAACCUCUACCAGGCGUUCUCGGUGGAGACGGCCGUGACGUUCCAGCUCGUGCUCUGUGUCCUGGCCGUCACUCAUCCUAAAUCACCCUUCUUCUCCCUGGCCCCGGCCGCUCUCGGCCUGUCCGUCACGCUGGGACAUCUUAUUGCGAUCGGGUUCACAGGCUGUGGAAUGAAUCCAGCCAGGUCGUUUGGUCCAGCUGUGCUGACUCUAAACCUCGAAAACCACUGGGUGUUCUGGGCAGGUCCGUGUGCAGGAGCGAUUCUGGCCUGGCUGAUGUACGAUCUGCUCCUCUACCCGCGCUGGACUGGACUGAGUGACUGGAUUAUAGAGUUUAGACAGGUUUUCCUCACAUCUCCAUCCAAACAGCCAACGAACCCCCAAAGCAACACAGAAAUCUAGACAGAUUCUAGAUGAACCUGGCUAAUGAUAUAUAUAUAUAAUUAUAUAAAGGGGUUGGACAAUGAAACUGAAACACCAUAAUAAUUUAUUGUCCCGAUAGAACAGGAAACAGGAGAGUUGAGGUGCACAUUAAAUUCUGCCGUGAUUUGAUCAGCCGUGGUUUUAUGUUUUUUGGAUACAAUCCGGGUUAGCACCCGAACAUCCCUUUCAGACAGCUUCCUCUUACAGCGUCCACAGUUAAUCCUGUUGGAUGUGGUUCGCCCUUCUUGGUGGCAUACUGACAUUACCCUGGAUACCGUGGCUCUUGAUACUUGAUCACAAAGACUUGCUGUCUUGGUCACAGAUGCGCCAGCAAGACGUGCACCAACAAUUUGUCCUCUUUUGAACUCUGGUAUGUCACCCAUAAUGUUGUGUGCAUUGCAAUAUUUUGAGCAGAACUGUGCUCUUACCCUGCUAAUUGAACCAACCUUCACACUCUGCUCUUACUGGUACAAUGUGCAAUUAAUGAAGAUUGGCCACCAGGCUGCUCCAAUUUAGCCACACUAAAAUGACAGGUGUUUCAGUUUAAAUGUCUAACCCCUGAAUGAUGAAAUACAGGGGUGUGAAAAGUGUUUGCCCCCUUCAUGGUUUCUUAUUUUUUUGCAUGUUUUUCACUUAAAUGUUUCAGAUGAUUAAGCUCAUUUAAAUAUUAGUCAAAGACAACACUAGUAAAUACAAAAUGUAGUUUUUAAAUUAAGGUUUUUUAAUUAUUAAGGGGA